AUGAAAGUAGAGCGUCCACAGAUUUUACUACAAAGGCUACACGAUGCCACUAGUGCAAGCAAUAGCAACUUAAUUGAAAUAUUGGGUGUUGUACGAUCAUUGAAAUUGGUAACAACAACAUCAUCAUCAUCUGCUUCUACUUCAUCUUUAUCGGCCCUUGCAAGAGGAAUAUACACUAAGAAUAACCAGCUUCUUACAACCAUAACCAGAGCACUCAAAGAUAUUGAGAUUAACGAGCGACAAAAUUUCAAAAACUUCAUUAAUGAUUUUAUACUUUGGAUUGAAGAUGACAAUAUAGUACUAUUUGAAAAAUACAGCAAACAGCUUGAGUUGGUCGAGUGGCAGGAUAAGUCAACUAUUGACCGAUUAGUAGGUCCAAUACAGAAUUUGGCUAAUUUUCUCAGCUUUAUUGAAAAAUGUCCAAGCUAUUUAAGGAACCCAUUCAUUAUUGAAAAAUUAAAUACAAUAGGAGAUCAACUACAUAAAAUAUACAGAGCUUUUGAAAAUGACUCCAGUGCCAAACAGUUCAACAAUAUAAAGUUCAAAAAUGUUCGCUCCUUCUCGUCGUCGUUCUCGACAGCAGCUGCAGCAGCAACAGCAACAAUAACAACGCCCAAUAGUUGCAAGUUGGUAUCCAGUUAUUUCACUGUUGAUCAAAUCAUCCAUAGGACAGAAAAUGCAAAUAUUGUAAUGGAAGGGGAAAAAGUAGAAUUAGUCUUGUUGGAUUUAGUUGGGACAGGAGAAUACAAUGCGUUGGCAGUGUUAGCAGUAGACGUGGAUGAGGAAUCACAAGUGUGCAGAAAUUUGAUUUACCCUCCAUUUAGAAUCAACGAGUUGUCCUUGUCGUACUCGGAGAAAGAGAUGGAGUUGAAAGAGAUCAAUUUCAUGUCACCUGAAAACAACGAAAACAAAAUGAUAAUAUCGUUUGAGAACGAGAGGCUUCUUGAUGAAUGGGUAAGAUACCUUGUUGCAAUAUUCCCAUUGGAACGCAAUAAUUCACCAUUGAGUGAAAACUUUUUGAUCGAAUCAAAGUCAAACCCAAGCGGUAUGUCGGGGUUGGGUAUAAACGUUGUUUCAAAUUCAGAACGUAAGCGGUAUAUGUCUUCAGAGGAAACUUUGAAGGUAGAUGAUUUAACAAUUUCAAAAAAAGAGUCGUUUAAAGAUUUCAUUGACUCGCCAUCCAUCCUGUCCGCUGUGAAAACAUUCACUUCUAAAGGAGAAGAUUCCUCCAUAAAGUCACAAUAUAACAAGUCCUUACCUAUAAUAAAGAAAUGUAUUACCACCAACAAUUAUUCCACGCCAAGCACUCUUAGUUCAAGUAAUGAAGAUGAUGAUGACGAAAAGUUAUUCCACAUAAUUAACAGGAGACAACUUUCUGAGGAAAGUAUACAAGAUCAAACUAGACCAAAAUCUUCUCAAGCCGAAAUUGCAUAUACUGAUAACUCGCCUGAAAGUAUAGAUUCCAUACAAACCAAUGAUGCGAUUUCUUCGGAUUCUAUUCCCGGACCCUUUAAAAAAGAGAGUGCAAGCCAGCCACUGGGUUUAACAAAUCCGUCAGUGUACCAAUUGCCAACCGGAUCGUCCAUCGAUAUUACCAAUUUUGGGAAAAAUUACCGGCCAACAUUUACCAAGAAUUUCAAUCACUCAACUUCAAGUUUAGUGAAAAAGAGAUCGUUUUUCAAAUUGUUUAAAAAAUCCUCAAAAGCAAGCUUAGUUGAGUCAUAUACUAAUUUGACUGAUCUUACGCAAAGAGAAGAAGAGGAAGAAGAGGAAGAAGAGGAAGAAGAGGAAGAAGAAAAAAAAGAGAAAAAAGAAAAAGAAAAAGAAAAAGAAAAAGAAGAAGAAGAAGAAAAGGAGGAAAAGAAGAAGCUAAGGGACCCAUUUUAUGUGGCCGAUUCUAACCAAGAAAAGAUAAUGACAAGGUCCGUCUCAAAAAUACCAGGUCCCUUUGCGUUACCUUCAUCAACAUCUACGUAUUUUUUCAAACCUCACUUGAAUGGAUCAACAGUGAGCAUUGCUGAUAUGGCAGAAGAGGAACCUAAUGUUCCUCAAGAUCUCAAAGAUGCUAUAAAUCUGGAAUCAACACAGGAUCUCUACAUCUCUGAAUCCUCACCCAAGUCAAUCAAAAUAUCUAAAUGGAAGUCUAAAUAUGGGAAAUGGGAAAUGUUGACUACAGCUGAAUUGAUUUUCUUCAAGAUAGCAGUAAAUUAUGAAAGCGGCAAAGGCUGGUUUAUUGUGUUUAAAGAAGAGUUUGAAGAAGAAGGAGAAAUAACAGUUGACAAACCAAUAUUGAUACUUGACAUCAGUACAUCAAUAACAAAAAUUAGAUCUUCAUCAGCAUUGGAUUUGCAGUUGAGUUCGGUUAACUCCAUUACUGGCGAGAAUAUGCUAAUAAUGGUGCGAUGUACAACUAGUGGUUUAGCAGACAGCAUUUCAUCGCAUUUGAAAGAUGCAGUGGCCACUUUGGUUCCAUCAAAGAGUAGCAGCUACAGAUCUUUAAAUGCUUCCAAAGGGUUAACUUCAGACACCACACUAGCAUCCUCUUUAAUGGACACUGGUAAAGCAUCAACAUUUGCUAGCAACAGCUCGCUCAACUCGCUCCAAACGACAACCUUGAAUGUUAGUGAAGUCUACAAUUCCUGUAUUGUCAAUAAUCCAAAUACCGUUCGUGCUAGGGCAAUCAAGUCAAUGGCAAUCAGAUUACAGAAACAACUUCACUCGUAUUCUAGUAUCAACAACCCUUCGUCUUGGAAGAUAUUGUCAAUGUAUACAUUAAUCAUCGAUAAAGUAUUUGACCAUCUUACACAGAGCACCCAUUACCAUAUACAAUUGAAUAAGGAUCAGGAAGCUAAUGAUGAUAACGACAUUUAUAGUUGGCUCAUUCCCGAUGAGCGCAAAUUCAAUAUAAUUGAGAAAAUUGGGAGAGCCGGGUUAUUAAUCAAGGUUAGUGAUGAUGAGAUCUACAUGUUGGAAUGUAAAGGCAAAAAGGAGUUCAAAAAGUUGUACGAAAUUUUUUAA